CCUUUGAAACCUUAACUUUCUCUUUUCUGUUUCUUUUUAACCUUUUCACAUUUUUCACACACAUACUUUCUAUCUCUAUACCCACAUAUUCACCACUGUAAUUUUUUUCCAAAUGAUAUAAAACCUAAAACCCAUUUCCCCCAUGGACUCACAGGAUAAUAAUAAUAAGAGAAUGUGCGGUGCUGAGUAUAGUACAGAAUUUUAUGAUGAUUGUUUUGGUGAUAUACCAAAUAAUAUCUUGGAUUGUGCUGUGGAGAGUUUGGAUGGGGAUGGUCUUAGUGAAGAUUGGGCGAACCUACUCGGUCCUAUCCCGUCUGAUCUCUUCCCGGAGAUGCUGCCGCUAGAGAGUGGUGUCGGUGACUCCUCUGCGGAUAUGCUUGGUGGUACUAAACUGGAGGGUUAUGGACCACAAUGCGAGGCUGCUCUUUUCAAGAAAGCAUUCAAAUCUCAACUUAAACCACCGACCUCUUCAAAGGGAACAAAUUCAUACCUAUAUCCAAAAUUCUUUGAGGCACCGAGCCCCGAUUCGGUCCUUGAACGUCGCAGCUCCAGCUCAACCGGGAAAUCAGAUACGGCCAUCUCGACAGGAACACAACUAUCUUAUCCCGCAAGGGCUCGAACAAAGCGAUUACGGUCAGUGUCAACCAUCAAUCCUUGGUCUAGGUCAUUAUUACUAACACCUCUUCCAAGUGUUAAGAAAAAGAGGCGAGUUUUAUCCCAACAAUCCGUCGACGUGAAUAAGAAAUGCAGCCAUUGUGAGAUAACUAAAACUCCACAGUGGAGAGAAGGUCCUAUGGGCCCCAAAACACUCUGUAAUGCUUGUGGGGUCCGCUACCGAUCAGGCAGGCUUUUUCCAGAGUACCGUCCGGCUGCUAGUCCGACUUUUAUACCGUCGCUGCACUCAAACUCUCACAGGAAGGUGAUAGAGAUGAGACAGAAGGGAGCAGGUAUCAAUGAUAGUUAUGUUGUGAAGAAACCUUGGAGUUCAAACUUAGCACCUACUAGACUUAGUUCAUGAUUAGUUAUUAGUCUCAUCUUUUGUAAGACUUAGAAGUUUAGAAUAUUUGCUAUUAUUUUAUCGCAGUAGAUUCCUUGUUCAAUCUUGGUUUUCAAUUGAUUGUUCAAAAUUUUGACGAUUACCCAGUGAUGGUUUUAGGUACUUUCAAGUGACGUUGAGCGUGCUUUAGGUAGGAUAGUACUAAAGUUUUACGAGUAAAUAAGCCAGUGAAACUAAUGGUUUGGUUA